AGAGGAGACUCGGGGGCCAUUUUGUGAAGAGACGAAGGCUGAGCGGUUGUGUCCGCGUUGCUGACCUCGAGCAGUAGUCGGCUUCACGUAGAACCCGGGAGUAGGAGAUUCAGAAUCGAAUCUCUUCUCCCUUCUCCCUCCGGUGAGAUUUUUUUGAUCUUCAGCUACAUUUCGGCUUUGUGAGGAACCUUAUCAUCAAAGAAAAUGGCCAGCAAUGUUACCAACAAGACAGAUCCUCGCUCCAUGAACUCCCGUGUGUUCAUUGGGAAUCUCAAUACUCUUGUGGUCAAGAAAUCGGAUGUGGAGGCUAUCUUCUCAAAAUAUGGCAAAAUUGUGGGUUGCUCUGUUCAUAAGGGCUUUGCUUUCGUGCAAUAUGUUAAUGAGAGAAAUGCCCGAGCUGCUGUGGCAGGAGAGGAUGGCAGAAUGAUUGCUGGCCAGGUUUUAGAUAUUAAUCUGGCCGCAGAACCAAAAGUGAACCGAGGAAAAGCAGGUGUGAAACGAUCUGCAGCGGAGAUGUACGGCUCCUCUUUUGACUUGGACUAUGACUUUCAACGGGAUUAUUAUGACAGGAUGUACAGUUACCCAGCGCGUGUUCCUCCUCCUCCUCCGAUUGCUCGGGCUGUGGUGCCCUCGAAACGCCAGCGUGUAUCGGGAAACACAUCACGAAGGGGCAAAAGUGGCUUCAAUUCUAAGAGUGGACAGCGAGGAUCUUCUUCCAAGUCUGGAAAAUUGAAAGGAGAUGACCUUCAGGCCAUUAAGAAGGAAUUGACCCAGAUAAAACAAAAAGUGGAUUAUCUACUGGAAAGCCUGGAAAAAAUUGAAAAGGAGCAGAGCAAACAAGCAGUAGAGAUGAAGAAUGAUAAAUCGGAAGAGGAACCGAUCAGCAUCUCCCUGAAGAAAGAUGAGCCUAAUGUGAAGAUGGAGUCUGAGGGGGGUGCAGAUGACUCUGCUGAGGAGGGGGACCUACUGGAUGAUGAUGAUAAUGAAGAUCGGGGGGAUGACCAGCUGGAGUUGAUCAAGGAUGAUGAAAAAGAGGCUGAGGAAGGAGAGGAUGACAGAGACAGCGCCAAUGGCGAGGAUGACUCUUAAGCACAUAGUGGGGUUUAGAAAUCAUGUCCCAUUAUUUCUUUACCUAGGCGCUUGUCUAAGAUCAAAAUUUUCACCAGAUCCUCUCCCUAGUAUCUUCAGCACAUGCUCACUGUUCUCCCCAUCUUGUCCCUCUCAUGUUCAUUAAUUCAUAUUGCCCUGCGCCUAGUCCCACUUUCACUUCCUUUGACGCUCCUAGUAGUUAUGUUAAGUCUUACCCUGUAAUUUUUGCUUUUAAUUUUGAUACCUCUUUAUGACUUAACAAUAAAAAGGAUGUAUGGUUUUUAUCAACUGUCUCCAAAAUAAUCUCUUGUUAUGCAGGGAGUACAGUUCUUUUCAUUCAUAAUAUGAGUUCAGUAGUUGCUUCCCUAACUGCAAAGGCAAUCUCAUUAGUUGAGUAGCACCUGAGAGCAGCUUUGAGUUAGAGGUAUGUGUUAUACCCCACAUAAAAGUGCUAUGUGGGGCUGUUCAACACAAAUGUAACAGUGUAUUUUUUUGUGAAUGAGAGUUGGCAUGUCAAAUGCAUCCUCUAGGAAAAUAAUUAGUGUAAUAGUCUUAAGAUUUGUUUUCUAAAGUUGAUAUGUGGGUUAUUUUUGUGAACAGCCUGAUGUUUGGGACCUUUUUUCCUCAAAAUAAACACGUCCUUAUUAAACCAGGAAUUU